AUGUCUCAACUCGCAUUUGGGCGCAAUGUGGCCGACUUCAACGUAUCCGAAAAAGAAUGGCUCGCCAUUCACAACAAGCACUUUGAUGGCCUCCACGCGAGCGCCAUCGUUUUUGACUCGUCCGUUCACGCCUUCUCUUCCGCGCGAAUCCUACUUGUGCAGCGUGCCGCCCGUGACAGUAUGCCCCAUAAGUGGGAGCUCCCUGGCGGUGCCGUUGAUGGAGAUGACGUGACGAUUCUUGAUGGCUGUGCGCGGGAGCUUCGAGAGGAAACCGGUCUGACGACUAUCCGUAUUUUGCGGCGCGUCACGGAGGGUGCUGGCGGCGAAGCCCUUACUGUAUUUACGAAUUCGAGCGGGAAAAGGAUUUUCUGCAAAUUUGUGUUUGAGGUGAAUGUGGCGGACGGCGCGGAAAUUGUGCUGGACCCGGACGAACAUCAGGAUUGGGUGUGGGCGUCCGAGGAAGAAGUGGUUGAGGGCAGGGUUGGAGGCGAAGAUGGCAAGUUUAUUCCACUAACAGCGCCGCAUGUGCGACGGAUUAUCAUGGAGGCAUUCAAAUUGAGGAAGGAGGACGAGGCGCAAAUAUAG